CUAUUAGAUGUGAAUAGAUAGAAAAUGUGCCUGUCACAGGAUAUUUCUUUACUUAAAAUAUUUAGUAUGUUUACUAAAUUAUUUUAUUCAGAGUGUUUAUGUUGACAAACUACAGAGAUGAAAAAGCAGGCAUUUUGGAGUUUCCUCUUCUGCGAUUUUUAAAAUUCCUAUAUAUCUAAAUGCAUCAUAGUUAGCCCAGUAGCAUUGCUGGGUACGGCUAGAUUUAGUAGCAGUUUGUGGUUCUCUUUUAUUUGCGGCAGUCCUCAAAAUUACCUCAAUUGGGUUCAGUUUCGUAUUUUUCUCUCAGAAUGGACAAGUUUGUAGUGCGGCUGCCUCAGGGAGGGACAAUUAAAACGUCGAAUAUCACCGAGAAGGUUUACAAGCAAGCUACUAUAGAAUCCUUACGGAGGGUGGUCGUCAUUGAGGACAUUUUGCGUUGCAAGUCCAUCCUGGAGCUACCAGGACAGAGCAGAGACAACAUGUUGAGUGCCUUGAACGAGCUGAGCAAGAAGAUACCUUCCAAGGAGGUGCUGAGGUCCACAAAAAUAGGUCAUACUGUCAACAAACUGCGGAAGCACCCUGAGCCUGAUGUGAGCUCGGUAGCUGUUGGUGUGUACACGGCCUGGAGGACGUCCGUGGUGGAAAAUUCCAACAAGCCAUCCAUCGAAGUGCGAUCAGACAAGCAAUCCGAAGGGCUCAGGAGCAAUGCCAGGAGACUUCUUGGCGAGGCUCUGGAGCUCAAGGAAGACUGUGGCUUGGUGGACUACACGGAGAGGGAGGUGUUCCACCAGAACGGCAGGCUUGUCAGCCGCUCAUACCGCAGGACGGUGCGAGCUCUGGUGUUCGCCUUCAGGCGACAGCCUGAGCUCAGAGCUCAGCUGAAGCAGGACCAGUCCUCUGUCGCACAGCUCGUGUCCAAGUAUAAGAGAUAAGCCUCUGAAACGCCUGCUUUUUAUAAGCCAAAUGUUUUUUUUUUUUAAUCAUUUAUGGGUGUAAAUAUGCCGUUUAUCAUUACAGAACCUAUCAUGAUAGGUCAUAAUAUAAACAUAGUGUAGUUUUUUUUUAAUUGAUUAGUGCUUUAUUUUCGUUUAUCACCCUCAUGGAGCAAGAGCCUAUUCCUGCUGAUUAUGGACAGGAGGCAGGAAAUAGUUGAUAGCUAAUCACAGGGCACAAAAAACAUUCAGACUCAACGUUCAUACCUACGGACAUUUUGGUGCUCAUACAACCUACUGUGCAUUUUUUUGGCAUACGGGAGGAAACUGGAGUACCCGGAGAAAAUCCUCGCUGGUACGGGGAGAACAUGCAAACUCCACAAAAGGCCAGAGCCUGGGAUUGAACAGUUGAUCUCAGAACUGUAAGGCGGGCAUGCUUUAAUCCUGCAUCAACAUAUAAAAUAAAACUAAACUUGCACAAAAUUGUAGGAAUACCUUGUGGUGUAUCAUUUUGUCUUCUACAAGAGCCAGAAAAGUAGGUUUCAGUUCCAUGAUAAUAAAGCGCAAGAAUGUAAAGCAAUCCCAAGGGAAGGAAGUAAAACAAUACCUCGAAGUUUAUGGAUGUAAUUAGAUUAAAACGUUUAAAUGUAACCGGCCUAUUUUUGGCUGAAAUGUGUCCUAAGUAAAAUCUGACUUUUACAAUUUUAUUACAGUUUUGCUCUCCUCUUCCUGUU